AAGUCGCAGAUAAGGGGACAGGCGCGACCCACCCGUGGGUAUUAUCUACUGAAACCCCUCAACGUGACACGGUUUGGUUCCGCGGGACUGUCACAAACUUUACCCUCACUUCUCUGACUGGAUCUACCAGCGCGCGCCGCGUGCGUCAGACGCUCCACACUUUUUUUUUUAACGCAUUUGACACAUUGACGCUGAUGGGAACAUGGCGAUGGCCUCUACAUCAACAUCAGCAGGACCAGACACGGCGUCCGGCUCAGAGACGUCGCGCCUGGGGGGCAUCGAGGACCUGAGGCUGAAGGUGGGGCCGGUGCGGAGGAACCUGUUCGGGCCGGUGGACCACCAGCAGCUGCGGCAGGACUUCCAGCGGCUGCUCUGCAUGAGCGUGGAGGUGGCCAACAAGCGCUGGAACUUCGACUUCCAGAGCGACGUGCCGGGGAAGGGCUCCGCCAUCGAGUGGGAGGAGCUGAAGUGCCAGGAGGUGCCGGCGUUUUACCGCAGCUGCAUGGUGAGGGCGGCGACGAGGCCCGGGGCGGCGGCGAGGCGGGCGUCGUCCUCCUCCUCCUCCUCCUCGGGGGAGAGCUCGCCCAGGUCCAGCGGCUCGUCCGGCUCCGGGGACGAGUACCUGGAAGUGACCACACGGGGGUGCUACCGGCUCCAGCGGCCGUGCAAACGCAGACAAUCCUCCAUCACAGAUUUCUUCAAAGUGAAGAAGAGGAAGCUCCAGAUUUACAAAGCGUCCCCUCGACAGUAGAAAAAAGCACAACGAGACCCGGUGGACGAUCGCAAAGUGGUCGACGUCCCUCUACACACCUCAUAAAGAUCUUAUGUAUAUAUGUAGCAAUUUGUAAGUGACUGCCACAAGCUCACACACACACACACACACAUGUGUGUGUGGGCUCAAAACACUUCCUUUAGUUUCCACCAAAGUGAAGCUUCCACCUUCCAGGAUAAUCGAGCUCACAAUGCAGAGACGGUUUUUUGCGGAUAGUUAUAAAUACUAUAUAUACUGUAAACUCUAUACGGCGUUUUACUCGGCUUCCGACUACACUGUGAAAUCUUUAAUGAAUGCACUCUUUUCAGGACAGAACACAUAAUGGGCUCCAGUUCGAAGAGGUUAAUUUGCUUCACAACGGGCCUCGAACAGUAUUCGACCUCAGUCCUUGACCUGUUUCUCCCUCUUGCCACAAGUCAGAAGAGGUUUUGAUUAGACGUUGUUACUAUUCCUGGAGCCACGCAGCGCAGCAUCGCCGCCAGUCCCGCCCCCGCGGCUCCGACGGCCCGAGUUGAGCCGGGGGUCAAAACCUCGCCUGGGGUCGAAAAUUUCGGCAGCGCGACAGUAAUUACCUCCGGGUCAGAGGUCAGCAGAGGAAGUUUGGUUCCUGAGGUGAGAUGGCCGCGCCUGUACAAAAGCGACUUUCAAUUCUGGAAAAACUGAAAAACAAUGUUUCGUAUAUUGCUAUUUAUUUAUUCGUCACGAUGCGAGAUCGUCGUCAAAAUGAAGCAAAAAAUUGUGGGGGGGGGGGGAUUUAGUAUAAAGCGAGAUAAAAAGAUGCCAUCGCCCCUGAAUGAGGCCUUGUGGCAAAGAAACACUCCCAUCGUUGCCACCAAAAUGUAGGCCGUACAUAUUCUACACCAUCAAAACACAGCAAACAAGAAACAAACAACUUACCAACUAUAUUUUACUUUUUUGCUUUGUAUCAUCUGCGUAAUGGGGUUGUAAAAAUCUUGCUUUAUGCAUUCAGUUAUGUAGCAUUUCUCUUCUCUUGUCUUCAUGCGACGCCCGCUGUGUAGGUUUUAAAUACGCCUCUUCUCUUCAUGAAGGGAAUGUAGCGUUUAAUCACUGCGUGUGCUGCAGCUCAGAGGAUUCAAAACUUUUGGUUCUACUUUUAUCUGUUUUUUUUUUUUUGUAUUUUUUUGUGAAGAGUGGAACUGUGCCAUGUUUUCUGUCGCCAUGCAGUUUUCUAAGUGUUUGUGUGUUUGCUAUAAAAGUGGCAGCUGAACUAAAAAAAAAAAAAAAAAUUGUGCCAUUCGGUUAGAAACCUUUUUUUUUAAUUGCUGAUCUGUAAAAAAAAAAAAAAA